UGGAAAUAUACUCAUGUUUAAUACUGAAGACUUUUUACCACUAUUUUAUGAAGUAAAUGAUAAAGUAGUGAUGAUUCCAAUAAAUACUGAGGUUCAUGACAAAUUACAGGAGUGGAUGUUUAUUUUCAACAAAGAAGCGGAAGAAUUGAAUGAAGUACAACUUGAAAUUAAGAAUAAUUUUUUGAACGCUGAUAAAAUUAUUUUCAAAUCACCAUCAAGUUCAUAUAAUACAUUGGUGUCUCAAAAUAAUAGUGCAAUGG